AUGGGAGAAAACUCAAAAGCUGACAAUCUGGACAAGUGGGACAGUGGAAAGACAAAGGUGGGAUGGGAUGGUGAGGAAGCCCAUGCCUUUUAUCUCACUUCAAAAACAGAUUUCGGUGCAUUCCCAAGCAACUCCGAUUUUGAUUCCCUUUAUGCACCACAAAGUGUGGUCUUUGGCACUACCUGCUGCAGGUACACCUCCAUCUCCUGCAUGGAUGGACAAAGCUUUGCAUAUCAUUGCAAGGACAAACCACAUGUGAUGCAGUGUGUCAUCUGUGGUCCUACAACCCAUAUCCAUCAUUUUGCCUUGGAUGCCAUCAAGGAACCUCAGAGAAAACUUGCUACUGGGUGCAUUCUAGUCCCAAAUUCUUCAUCUCCACCAGAGAGUCAGGGCCAAGCACAUACCAUGUCCACCCUCUCCCAGAAUGGUCAGGCACUAUUUUCUGUUGGCUCAAGGAACAAUCAAACAGGAAACAGCCAAGAAGCAAAGUUCAAGUUGGUUCAAUCAAGGGUAUCCAGGCUCAUGUCUACCCCUUCUCAAAUUCUUAUCCCUAGCUCCUCACCAACCACACCCAGUCUCUCCAACAUCAGAGAUGUUCCAUUCUCCAAUCGAUCACAGAGGAAUCCACCUUUCACGGAAAUGCAGCACACAAUUCAGCCAUCUAGAUUCACUGUGAUUAGGUUCAUGGGAAGGUUGAAGGGAUGCUGCCCAUUCCAUUUUGCCUCUGGUAAUGGUUUCUGGCAGGAACAUUCCAACUGCGAAUUUUGCCAUCUUGCAGAUGGAGAUUACCUGGGAUUCAAACACCUGUUUAAAUUCCAGAAUUACUCCAACUGUUUCCACUGUGGAUUACCACAAAGCAACAACCAUAAUGCUGAGGAGCCUGCCUGCCAUAGUGGAUUUAAAUACCACAGAGGUCAGAAAUGUGAAUUUGCCAGCUUCAUCUUCAAAGUUGUAUAUGCACUUUGGACAUCUGAGAAUGCUACCUUAUUGGCUCCAACACUGGGACUACCAAAAGGUUGGGAUAGCCAAGAGGAAUUCAACCAUUGGGUGAUACAGGAGGACAAGGAGAAUGGGCGGUACAUCAACUUGCUGGAGAUUUUUAUUGCAUUUUGCACAGAGUUGGAGGAGAGUGACCUGAAUUAUUUCAUGUAG